AUGGCUCAAACCAAGGGCCAGUGUCCUCAUUUCGCGCAACUGAUCGCACUACAGCCACCGCGUUUAUCUCAAGCGGUUCAUCGCGAGGAAUGUACCCAAUGCUUCGAUUCACAAGAUUCACCCGACGGCAUAGACGUGUGUUUGCACUGUUUCAAUGGUGGCUGUCUGGGAGAAGAGCGUCAUCACGCUCGCACACACGCCGAGAAGACAGGUCAUGUUUGGUCUUUAAAUUUUAGGAGAACUCCAAAACCGAAGUCCCAGCGAGGCGACAGUGAACCACCGCUCAAGCGACUUGCAAUCGUUGAAGAGCACGAUGCUGACAACUACGACACGGUAGCGACUUUAAGAUGCUGGGCAUGUAACAGCUUCGCCGAUCCCGAAGUUGCUCCCAGAGUCAUCCCUCUUACAAAUGGGGUUGCGGCUUCCCUCUCAUCGGCUCGCCAGUCUGAGGUCAAAGCAUGGGAGGAAGAAUUGGAGCCUUGCGAGCACACAUUGACUCUAGACCAAUCAACCGCUACUGGAGCACCCCCUGGGGCGCAUUGUUCACACUGUGAUCUCAAGGAUAACCUAUGGUUGUGUUUGACUUGUGGUUCCCUGGGAUGCGGGCGAGCCCAGUACGGUGGAACAGGCGGAAAUGGGCAUGGCUUAGAGCACUGGCGCAGCACUCAACAUCCUGUGAGCGUCAAAGUUGGGACAAUUACUCCCGAGGGAACGGCAGAUGCGUAUUGUUAUGCUUGCGACGAGAGCAGAAUUGACCCUGAAUUGGCUCUCCACCUCAAGAAAGUUGGCAUUGACGUUUUGACCCAAACUAAAACCGAAAAGAGCAUGACCGAACUGCAAAUAGAGCAAAAUUUCACGUUUGAGUUUAGUAUGACCGGCGAGGAUGGUAAAUUACUACAGCCGGUAUUUGGACCUGGGCUUACUGGGCUACAAAAUCUUGGUAAUAGCUGCUACAUGGCGUCCGUAUUACAAACACUCUUUGCGUUACCGUCUUUCAAGGGGUAUUAUGGGGCUACUUCUGCGAAUGCGACCACCGAGCAUGGACUUGUGUGUUCUGCUGGUCUACCGGCGGACUGCCUUGAAUGUCAAAUGCGUAAGAUUGCCGAUGGGCUCUGUAGUGGCCGCUAUAGUAGGGCAUCUGCUCUCAAUACUAUCCAAAACGAGAAUAAUGCCGAAGAUACUGUACGAUUCCAGGAUGGUCUUCGUCCAGCAUCCUUCAAAGCGUUAGUUGGAAAGGGGCAUCGAGAGUUCGCGACCAUGCGCCAGCAAGAUGCCGAGGAAUUCCUUGAACAUCUAUUUGCAUCCUUGCGUUCUGCUAAUCAAGGCACACCAACCGAUGUCUUCAGGUUCGGGAUAGAGGAACGCCUGAAAUGCAACGAAUGCGGCAAAGUUCGAUACAGGGUUGAUGAGCAUGAUUCGAUUGGGGUUCCAAUUCCUGCCAAAGAGGUUAAGCCCGCCGGGGAGGGCACCAAGGCAGAAUACGAGAGCGUUCAAUUAGUGGAUUGCUUAGAUACCGUUGCAGGUGAAGAAGCACUUGAAUACUCGUGCCCUUCGUGCGAUAAGAAGGUUAUUGCAAUCAAGCAAACGUACGAGAUUCGCUACUUUUCCGGAUGUCUUUGUGGUACACGCGAAGAAGUUUCAGCUAACGUCCCGGUAUUACUCCCUAGCGAUGAUAGCAUCACGUUAGAUAAAUACCUCGGAACGGGUAUGCAACUAGAUGAAGAAGCGCUACCGGAUGAUAAGCCAGUUGCGUCCUCGCUUCCGGAAUUCAAUGCCGAUGCGAUGGAACAGCUCAUGUCCAUGGGCUUCCCAGAAAUAAGGUGUAAGCGCGCAUUGCUCGCAACUGGCAAUACCCAUGCAGCGGUGGCUAUGGAGUGGCUCUUUUUACACCUCGAAGAUCCUGAUAUUGAUGACCCCCUUCCUGGCGGGGGAGCUACACCCGCGCCAACUCAGCCAAAUCUUGAGCAAGUUUCCACGAUCGUGGAUAUGGGAUUCACCCCCGCACAGGCAAAAAAGGCGUUGCGCGAAUCAAAUGGAAACCCAGAACAAGCCGUGGAAUGGCUAUUCAGCCACCCUGAUGAUGUUGGCGAUACAGAUGAAGCAAUUCCGGCUACAACCGAGGCGGCAACAUCCCAGCCUAAAGUCGGAGGAGUCAAUACACUGCCCGCCAGAUACCAUCUGAAGGCAUUCAUCUCCCACAAGGGUCCAUCCGUCCAUUCUGGGCACUACGUCGCGCAUAUACGUACUGAAACCGAAGGAUGGGUGCUCUAUAACGAUGAAAAGGUCGUACGCGCUGACUCGGAGAGUGUUGCUGCACUCAAACCACUGGCCUAUCUAUACGUAUUUGAAAAGAUUUAG